AUGAUUAAGUUGCAAGUGAAAGUUAUUUCAUGGGUUUUUAUAAUUUUAACAGGAUUUUUAUGCACGCCACAAAUUGAAAGCAUAAAUACCAAUUUCCUUGAGCUGGCAGCCUUCGAGGACUUUCUGCGGUCGCAGCACUUGCAGCAGUCGCUUGUCGUCCGUAUGAAAGGAGAUGGCGUUGGCGAUGGCGAUGGCGACGGGGACUGGGAUGGCGACUGGCAAAUUGAAUGCCACCAGAAAUUGUUGGCCAACUAUCGUGUGCAAUUUUAUCAGCCAGGAAUUUCCCACAAUUUCGAGGAUCUCAUGUACUAUGGGGCACCGCGUACAGCGGUUCUGGUGCUAAAAUUCGAGCACCGUCUUGUCAAGCAGUGGGUCUACGCGGUGGCCUCUGCGGCAGGAUACUUUAACAAUUCGCUGGCAUGGUUUAUGCUGGGCACCAGUCGGGUAUCCCAACCAGAUGAGGCACAAAUUUUGCAGCACUUAGGUGGCUACAAGAUGGGAAUUGAUGCGGAUAUCACUGUGGCUAUGAAGGCCAGAGAUAACACCUCGUGGCGGCUUUAUGAUGUGUACAAGAUUAAUCAGCAAGUGCCAAGUGCCCCCCUGAUUGUGCAGAGAAAGGGAGAGUGGUCUCCGUGGCAGGGUUACAAGCUGAUGGACACCUUUUGUAGCAGCUGGAUAAUUCGGAGGCGCAACUUUCUCAAUGUCACCCUGCGAGGCAGCACAGCGCUGACAGAGAAACCUUUGGGCUAUGAGGACAUGGAGUACCUGGCCGACGAUAAGCAGCUGCUGCAACUGGAUCCCAUGCAGCGAAAGACCUAUCAAUUGUUCCGACUCGUCCAGCGGAUGUAUAAUCUCAGUUUGGCCAUAAGCUUCACGGAUAACUGGGGCCAGCAGCUGGCCAACGGCAGCUGGUCGGGUGUGAUGGGUCAGAUAACCAACGGGGAGGCCGAUUUUGCCGUGUGUCCCAUUCGCUUUGUCCCGGACAGACAGCACUACGUGCUGUACUCACCCGUUCUCCAUAUCCAGCCCAUUCACUUUUUGUUUCGCCAUCCGCGACACAGUCACAUCCGGAACAUAUUCUUUGAGCCACUAAGCACUCAGGUGUGGUGGUGCGUCCUGUGCCUGAUUACAUUCAGCACUCUAUUGCUGUUGCUUCACAUCCGCCAUGAGGGGCGCCAGCAUGGAAAUCUUGUGGAGCGACGAGUGGCCUUUGUGUGGUUCAGCAUGCUGGAGACGUAUCUGCAGCAGGGUCCGGCCACCGAGCUCUUCCGACUGUUGUCGACCCGUGUGCUGAUCAGCUCCAGCUGCAUCUUCAGCUACAUGUUGCUGCAGUUCUAUGGCGCCUUCAUUGUGGGUUCCCUGCUCUCAGACAACCCCAGGAGCAUUGUCAAUCUGCGGGCGUUGUACGAGAGCAAUCUGGACAUCGGCAUGGAGAAUAUCACCUAUAAUUUUGCGGUUUUCGGUAACACCAGUGGGCCGCUGGUUAGAGAUGUCUACACCAAGAAGAUCUGUCGAUCUGGCCAGCAAAAUAUUAUCAGCUUGGAGCAGGGAGCCGAGCGGAUUAUAAAGGGUCGUUUUGCAUUUCAUACGGCCAUCGAUCGUCUGUACAGGCUGCUCCUCGAGCUGCGCAUAGAGGAGCGCGAGUUCUGCGAGCUCCAGGAAAUUAUGUUCAAUCCCCCCUAUGCGUCCGCCUCCGUGAUGGCCAAGGGCUCGCCCUGGCGCGAACAUCUAGCCCAUGCCAUCCUACACCUGCGGGCCACCGGCCUGAUGCAGUACAAUGACCGCUUGUGGUCGGUGAACAAGCCGGACUGUAGCCUCUUCAAGGCCUCCCAGGUGGAGGUGGAUCUGGAGCACUUUGCACCGGCUCUCUUUGCCCUAGUGCUGGCCAUGAUGGCCAGUGCAUUGGUGUUUCUGCUGGAGCUGCUGCUCUCCUGGCUGGCUGCCUUCCGGCCACGUUAA